CUCGCGGAAGGCGAAGGUUUUUGUGUUCCUCGCCUAGGCUAGCGGCGGCGGCGGCGGCGGCGGCGGCGGUGGAGGAGGGGAGGCGGCACCGAGGCGCAGCGACUGCUGCACGGCUUUCGACCCAGCGGAGCGAGCCCACCCGCCCCGGGAGCUCGCCUCCCGGAGCUUCCCCUCCCUCCCCGCCCCCCCAGUGGCGCUGCCUCCUCCAAAUGAGCGAUUCGCCCGCUGGAUCUAACCCAAGGACACCCGAAAGCAGCGGCAGCGGCGGUAGCGGCGGCGGCGGGAAGAGGCCGGCGGUGCCGGCAGUGGUGUCCCUCCUGCCCCCGGCGGACCCCCUGCGCCAGGCGAACCGGCUCCCUAUCAGGGUCCUGAAGAUGCUGAGCGCUCACACCGGUCACCUCCUGCACCCGGAGUACCUGCAACCGCUGUCUUCCACUCCCGUCAGCCCCAUUGAGCUGGACGCCAAGAAGAGCCCUUUGGCACUGCUAGCCCAGACCUGCUCGCAGAUCGGCAAACCCGACCCGCCGCCCUCGUCCAAGCUGAACUCGGUAGCGGCGGCGGCGGCCAACGGGCUGGGAUCCGAGAAAGACCCUAGCCGCUCCGCCCCAGGGGCCGCCUCCGCGGCAGCAGCACUCAAGCAGCUGGGGGACUCCCCCGCCGAGGACAAAUCCAGCUUCAAGCCCUACUCUAAAGGCUCCGGCGGCGGCGGCGGCGGCGGCGGCGGCGACUCUCGCAAAGACGGCGGCUCCUCGUCGGUGUCCUCCACCUCCUCUUCGUCCUCCUCGUCCCCCGGAGACAAGGCUGGUUUCAGGGUCCCCAGCGCCGCCUGCCCUCCCUUUCCCCCGCAUGGAGCACCGGUCUCCACCUCGUCAAACUCGUCUUCUCCUGGAGGCUCACGAGGAGGUUCCCCACACCACUCAGACUGCAAGAACGGUGUCGGGGCAGGCGGUGGGGAACUGGACAAGAAAGACCAGGAAGCCAAACACAGUCCAGAUCCAGCAUCUGGGAGCCGAGGCAGCGGCGGGGACUCGGCUCACGGUGGCCCGGAAGCCUCGGCAUCAGGGCGCAAGUCAGAGCCGCCCUCCACCCUGGUGGGGGCAGGCCACGUGGCUCCAGUGUCACCCUACAAACCAGGCCACUCGGUGUUCCCACUACCGCCCUCCAGCAUCGGUUAUCACGGCUCCAUCGUGGGCGCCUACGCCGGCUACCCCUCUCAAUUCGUGCCUGGCCUGGAUCCUAGCAAAUCUGGUUUAGUGGGAGGCCAGCUGUCCGGGGGCCUGGGCCUGCCACCCGGCAAGCCCCCCAGCUCCAGCCCGCUCACUGGGGCCUCCCCGCCCUCCUUCCUGCAGGGAUUAUGCCGUGACCCCUACUGCCUGGGAGGCUACCACAGCGCCUCGCACCUCGGCGGCUCUAGCUGCUCCACUUGCAGCGCGCACGAUCCAGCCGGGCCCAGCCUUAAGGCCAGUGGCUACCCUCUGGUGUACCCCGGGCAUCCCUUGCAACCGGCUGCGCUCUCCUCCAGCGCCGCCCAAGCCGCGCUCCCAGGCCACCCUCUCUACACCUAUGGCUUCAUGCUGCAGAACGAACCGCUGCCACACAGCUGCAAUUGGGUGGCGGCCAGCGGGCCCUGCGACAAGCGCUUUGCUACUUCUGAGGAGCUGCUCAGCCAUCUACGGACUCACACAGCCCUGCCGGGCGCAGAGAAACUUCUGGCCGCCUACCCCGGGGCCUCGAGCUUGGGCAGUGCCGCGGCAGCUGCUGCAGCCGCAGCCUCUUGCCAUCUGCAUCUCCCCCCGCCCGCCGCCCCGGGCAGUCCCGGGUCGCUGUCAUUGCGGAGUCCACACACUUUGGGGCUAAGCCGAUACCACCCCUAUGGCAAGAGCCACUUAUCUACAGCUGGAGGCCUGGCAGUGCCGUCCCUCCCCACAGCCGGACCCUACUACUCGCCAUAUGCACUGUAUGGACAGAGACUAGCCUCCGCCUCAGCGCUUGGAUACCAGUAACUACAGCUCUGGCCCCUCCCAGCCCUUCCCCACCCACCUCUUCCUCUCACGUCCCACUGCCUUCAACA